GCUUUUUCCUAGAAUCCAUAGAGAAGGCACGCGUUGACUCACUUACGGCUCAUUGAUGUGGAACUUUACUACUUAUAUAGGUUGUCUACAGAUUCUUUGUUUUGCACUUCUUUAUUGUUUGGAAGUGAUAGAAAAAUGGUCUAAACGUAGAUUGCCGUUUGGUAACCACCAAACACAGGAAAGAGUUCUUCAAAGUGGAGCCAGGGGUCAAGAUUCAUCUAAAAGAAAUGAUAACAAUGCAAAGUCAACAAUCACACAAAGUGCAAUUUCAAAUGAAUGCCCAAAGAAAACAUCUCAAACUCUUUCGUCACAGGUGAAUAAAGGUAAUGGGCCCUCCUUCUCAAGUCCUGGAAUCACACAUUCUGUAUUUGAUAGCGACAAGUCGUCACUUUGUGAGGAUUCUGAUACAGGGAUCUCCAAGAUGAGCUUGUAUCAUAGCCAGGAACCUCGUGUUGCGGAAGCAGGCAGUAUAAGCUCCCUUUCGUCCUUCUCUAGUGAUGUCGUCUCAGCUGAGGAGUCUACAAGAAUCCACGAUGGUUCAUCAUAUGAGGAAGAGCCAACAUCAUCAAUUUCAGAACAAGAGCAGGACACAAGUGACGACAUUUUAUCUGUUUCUAGUCAUAGCAUUACUACAGUUCCACGGUUAUCUCCAGAUGAAUUGAAACUCCUGAGCCGGGUCUGUCACCUUUUGAGAAAACGCAACGAACCAUUGCCGAUUGGGCAUAUUGGAAACGAUCCCGAACUUCAGGAGCUUAUAUGGAGAAUGCAUGACACAACAUUUGAUUUAGCAGAGCCAUUCAAGUGGAAAACGUUUCUUGGCAAGUGCAAUGAUACUCUGGAUUUGAGUCAAAGAACCUUGAAGGGUACACAAGAGUGGUGUGUUUCGCUGAGAGAAUGUCAUAAAAAACGUUGCCCAAGCACCACUUCUAGAUUAACCGAUAAUUCAUUGGCCGCACAUACUUCUAAAGAUUCAAAUAUUACAGAGCAUGCACCCGUAAAACUUUCAAAAAACCAACUCGACACAAGUCUUAGAAACAGACUUCUGUCGUAUUUGCAAACAAAUUCUGGAGAGCACGCGCUUAGAGACAUAGUGAACCAGAAAUCCAUUGUGAAAGGCGUGCAGGUAAUGAAUAGUCUUCUAAAGCCUUCUUCGACCGAAUUCAGUUGGGAGGCAUUCCUACAUAGAAAUAAAUACAUGUUCAAAGUUAUUGGAAAUUAUGAUAACAUUAUGAACUGCAAGGUAUCCCUAAGUCCAGAAUUCCGGCCUUUAGACAAGCCGAAGGGACAACCACAAGGUUCCAGACCUUCUAACGAGGUACAGUCACAAGAUUCAACGGUAAUGAUUUCAAAAACAAAGUUACGCAAACUCGAUGUGAAACUACGGAACCGGCUGUUGGAGUAUUUGCAAGAGAGUCCUGGUGGAAAUGUACUAAAGUACAUUGUAAAAUGUAAAUGCAUCAAAGAAGAAGUACAGGAACUCAACACUCUUCUGAAACCGUAUUCUACCCAAUUGAAUUGGGAAACAUUUCUAGAGAGAAAUAAGUACAUAUUUCAUGUAAGAGGGAGUGAUAGUGACAUAAUGAGCUGUACAAUAUCUCUGAAGUCACAGUCGCAGCAAGGGGAGGAACUUUCACAGGGCUUUGCAUCAGCAAAGGAGAUCUGUCUCUCCCAAUACGAGUCUUGCCUUCUACAGAAAGUCCUGUCUUUCUUACAUAAGGCCGGAACAGGAGAACAUCCUCUCAAAAAAGUGGAGGAAUGUAAACCAGUGCGACAAGCUCUCGAGAAUUUAAGAGCUGAUGUAAGAAAGAGUGGUCGACAGUUUGACUGGGUGACCUUCCUUGCCAUCGCUCAGAAAGUGUCCUCAGUAAACGUAUCUUGUCUCGAGACAAAAGACGAAUCAAAAAUAAGACUAUCCGCAAAGCCGAAGGACCCGAAUGUGGAUAACUUACCCACCCAAAGUAAAGUCAAUGGCGCACCGAAUUCUAAGGUCACUGAAUUGUGUGCGGAGGCGCUGAACGCUGCCAAUCUCUAUUCUUCAGUUGACACGAGUGAGCCAAGCACGAUUGAUGUCAACGGCACAACAAAAUCUGUAGUCGCUGGAAGAACCAGUACUGGGAUCACCCACAAUGAAAUAAUUCAGGAUUGUGCUGCAAAUGUAUGUUCUUCAUUGCACACGAUUCCAAAGGCUGACAUCGAUGAGUGUGAUGAUGCAGUAGCCUUUGGUAACAUCGUCGGUAUGGAGGUCUCGGCGGCUUCGGUUGGCAGAGCUUCAAGUGAUGGAAAGAUGACUAUUCCACCAACAGAGCCUUGGAGUGAAGCUUGGUCAUCUUGCAGCAUUAGUGACAACAAAGAAACGGCCAAGCUUACUAACAUUUAUGAUGCUACUAUCUAUGGUACCUCUUCUGGCCAGUUAUUACCAUGUACCAAGAACACUGGAGAAGCCUGCAAUGGCGACGAUGGAGAAAGCCCCCAAGACACCUUAGAAGAUCGCAAUGCAGCUAGAAGCGGAAGUCGAUAUGAGACAGUCGAGGGCAGUAAAGAGGCGUGUAAGAAACCCUCUUCGCCUGAAGAAACGUGUAAGGAAAUCUAUUCUUCUAAAGAAAUGAGCAAGGAGGCAUCGUUACCAGAAGAACUUUUCAAAGAAAUAUCUUCAACUGAAGAAGGGUGCCAGGAAACCUCUUCAACUAAGGAAGUAUUCAAGGAAACCUCUUCAACAGAGGAAGCCUCCAAGGAAACCACUUCAACUGAUAAAGUAUGCAAGGUAAUCUCUUCUAGUGAUAAAGUAUGCAAGGAAAUUUCUCCCCCUCUUCUAUGUGCUGUUACACCUACAUGUUUACCAUGGGGUGAAGUCCACGAUGUUAACUCUCCCAAGGAACGCCUUGCUGCCUUACUCUACGAUACCUUUGAAGAUUCCAAUGGUUUUCUGUUGAAAGCACAAACUGUAUUUCGUUCGCUGGGUUUGGCUGAUGUGCACAUUGAGCCACGCACAGUAGCCAAUGUUUAUUUCUGUAUCGUGUGGAUCGGCGAUUCCCAGAUAACUUCAACAGCUGAUGAGAGUCUAGAGACCGCCAAGAAUAAAGCCCUUACGAAAUGUGUGCGUUUUCUCAUGGGGAUGUACCACUGAACUAUUUAGGGACCGCCACUAAACUUAGAAAGGUGUAUGAGAAAAUGCCAGAAAGUAGAACGCGCAGCUUUGCUAAACAUGUGUCGCUCAAAUGUAAGGUAUUUUUAAUAAAUCGUAUUAGAAUUCUCUAGCAAAAAUGUUAUAGUUGCAUGUAUAAAUUAGUUAAGUGUAGUCCUAGAAAAGUCUUACUUGCUAACAAGAUGGACUCCUCAAAUAUUAAAUGUGGAAGAAUUUAUCCCAACAUCAAGACCUUUUGGAACGCAGAGCCCCAAUUGUUAUUAUUAUUAUUUGAGUUCCUUAUGUUAUCAUGUAUUGGCUUUGCUUGAACAGCGUCAGUUAACUUCGGUGACGUUAGGGAGUGUUUAUUAAAUACACCGAGGGGGGGGGGGGAGGGGAGGGAAGAUAUUGAGGGCGACUCCGAAAAUUUUUAACCCCCAAAGGGGGGUCUCCGAAAAAAUAAGGUCCUCUAAGGGAAAAAGAAGGAAAAUUUUGGGGUACUAUUAGGGGGGAGGCAUCGAAAAAAAUGUUUACAAUGAAAGGGGGGCUCUGAAAUUUUAAGGUUUCUUCCCCCCCCCCUCCCCCUCGGUGUGUAGUUAAUGAACACUCCCUUAUAUGUGUGUACUCAAGAACGUGUGCCUUUUUAGAUAUUGUGCGUUUGGUUGCCUGUCAAUACAAAGGCUGGUGCCUAACUUUUUUAAAAGAUUAAAUUCCUUAUAUCCAA